AUGGCUACAAAUCCCUUCGUCGUUCUUGAUGUCUGUCUGGGAGCUCUAGGGCUCGCGAUUAUACGAAAACUUUUGCUGAAUACCAGGCGUGAAAAGCGACCUCUACCUCCUGGUCCCAGAGGUCUUCCCUUCAUAGGGAACGUCUUCGAUAUGCCCUCGGAAAAAGAGUGGUUAACUUUCGCUCAAUGGGGUGACACUUACGGGGAUAUAUCCUCGGUGACAGUUCUGGGUCAAACGAUUGUCAUUCUCAACUCUUUGAAAGCUGCAGUUGACAUGCUUGACAAAAAAUCUUUAAUUUACUCUGAUCGCCCAGUCUUGCAAAUGGGGGGAGAAAUGGUCGGAUGGAAAAACACCCUUGCUCUUUUGCCGUACGGCGACCGCUUUCGUCGCUACCGCAGGUUGUUUCACAGCUUAAUUGGAAGCCAGGCAAUCAUACGACAAUAUCAUCCUGCUUCAGAGCUAGAGACGGAAAAGUUUUUACAGCGCGUGUUAAAGGACCCUACACACCUUCAGGACCAUAUUCGCAGAACUGCGGGAGCAGUCGUCCUCCGAAUCUCACAUGGUUACGAAGUGGAGGAAUCUCAUGAUCCCUUCAUUCAGUUGGCGGAUCUAGCGACGGAACAGUUCUCGAUGGCAACAUCCCCUGGUCAAUUUCUCGUUGACGUAGUUCCUGUCCUUCGUCAUGUUCCAGACUGGUUACCAGGAGCAGGGUUCAAACGAACCGCAAAGGAAUGGGCUUCCACGCUUCUCGAGAUGGUCGAGCAGCCUCACAACUAUGUGAAACAGCAAAUUGCCGCUGGUACGGCAAUGCCGUCCUUCUCAUCCUCGCGUCUUGAAAACAAAGAUCUGGACGAUGAAGAGGAAUUUGAUCUGAAAUGGUCAGCCGCUUCGCUUUACAGUGGGGCAUCGGAUACCACGGUAUCAGCGAUCUAUGCAUUCUUCCUCGCAAUGACAUUGUACCCUCAAGUUCUGAAGAAGGCACAAGCUGAAAUUGACCUCGUCGUCGGGAAUGAGCGCCUUCCGAGGAUAGAGGAUCGCAGCAGAUUACCUUAUGUCGAUGCGCUGGUAAAAGAGGUCUUUCGGUGGAACUCUGUCGUUCCCCUCGCCGUUCCACAUCGAGCGAUGCAAAACGACAUUCAUGAGGGGUUUUUCAUCCCAAAGGGCUCUUUGAUAUUGCCCAACAUAUGGAAGCUCACACACGAUCCAAAGAUUUAUUUCAAUCCCAUGGAAUUUAAUCCAGACCGGUAUAUCUCUGCCGAAGGGCGUGGGGUGGAACCUGACCCACGACCUCUAUGUUUCGGAUUUGGUAGACGUAUCUGCCCUGGUAUGCAUCUCGCUGAUGUGUCCGUCUUCGCAUCCUGCGCCAUGUCGCUUGCUGUGUUCGACGUAUCAAAGCGCACAGAAAAUGGGGUUGUCGUCGAGCCUGUCAAUGAGAGGACUACUGGUACGAUUAGGUGGGACGCUACGCCACCUUCUUUGAAGUAG